GGGCCCGGGCCAGGCCGUGCCAUGGCCCUGUACCGCACUGAGGAGCGUGGCCAGCCCGACUCGUGUGAUUACCGCCUCUUCUUCAAGAAUGUAUCUGGUCACUACAUUUCCCCCUUUCAUGAUAUUCCUCUGAAGGUGGACUCUAGAGAGGAAAAUGACAUUCCCACAAAGAGAGCACGAAGUGGUGAACAUGAGAGUGUGUUUAAUAUGAGUGUAGAAGUACCUCGCUGGACAAAUGCUAAAAUGGAGAUUGCCACCGAGGAGCCAUUGAAUCCCAUUAAACAAGAUGCAAAGAAUGGCAAGCUACGCUAUGUGGCAAAUGUCUUCCCUCAUAAGGGUUAUAUAUGGAAUUACAGUGCCCUCCCUCAGACUUGGGAAGAUCCCUAUCGAAAAGAUAAGAGCACAGACUGCUGUGGAGAUAAUGAUCCUAUUGAUGUUUGUGAAAUAGGCUCAAAGGUUUUAUCUCACGGAGAGGUUAUUCAUGUGAAGAUCCUUGGGAUUUUGGCUCUUAUUGAUCAGGGUGAAACAGAUUGGAAAUUAAUUGCUACCAAUGUGAAUGAUCCUGAAGCCUCAAAGUUUUGCGGUUUCAAUCAUAUUCCUAUGAUGUGGUGA